CAACAUCAUCCUCGAGCAAUGUCUAGCUUCGACAAGACAGUCAAGCUAGCCUGUAAACCAAAGGCCGCCCCUCCAAAGGCAAAGUACCUAGAUCCCAUCAUUGCAGCUACUUGGUCUGAAGACGGGGCUGUCCAUGAUGUUUGCAAAGCGCUCGUUCCCCGCCUUCGCGAACCCAAUGCCAUCGUUGUGUUCAAGGCACUGAUCGUGCUCCACACCAUGAUUCGCAAUGGAGCGACAGACAACGUCUUGUCUCAUCUAUCUUCGUCGGAAGUUCUCCGUCUGAAAAAUGUCUCCGCAGGUAACUGGGAAGGAUACCACGCUCCCCAGAAUCUCCAGCACUAUGCAGUUUAUUUGGACUCUCGCAUACACGCAUAUCGUGAUUUGAAGCACGAUGCGAUUCGUGUUCAAGCAGAGUCUAAUCGUGACAUGCGCGUCAACAGUUCUAUCGAAGAGGAUAUGGCAUACACCAGUGCCCCAAAGUCAGCAUCCACAAAGUCCAAGGGUCCUCAGAGGAGUAAAACCAUCAUGGGAAGGAAAUUGCGGGUCAUGACUGUGGACAAGGGCCUACUCCGUGAGACCAAGACCGUGCAAACAAUGAUUGACACCCUGGUGGAGUGCAGGUUCUAUCUUGACGAUUUGGAAGAUGAAUUGACAAUAACUGCGCUACGGAUGCUCGUCAAGGAUUUACUUAUUCUUUUCCAGGCUGGCAAUGAAGGCGUCAUCAAUGUAUUAGAACACUAUUUCGAGAUGACAAAGGUUGACGCCGAGCAGGCCCUGUCCAUAUAUCGACACUUCUGCACUCAGACAGAGCGAGUGGUGGAGUACUUGGGCGUCGCCAAGAAAUUGCAGAAUUUACUAAAUGUUUCAAUCCCGACCCUGAAGCAUGCUCCUGUAUCAUUGGCGGGUGCACUCCAAGAAUACCUGAACGACCCCAAUUUCGAGCAGAACAGAAUUGAGUACAGGACAAAUAAAGAAGCUGCUGACAAGAACGGCAGAAGUCGCAGUGGGACUCCAUCUUCAGCGCCUAAAGCUUCAUCGUCACAAGCGACGCCAUCCACAUCUACUGCAUCCACAUCUGCCCCAUCAAAUAGGUCAUCCACUCAAGCUUCCAACCCCGCACCCAAACCUGAAGCUAGUCGGGCUAUGGACGACUUCUUUGCUUCUAUCGAGGAAGAUAAACCCCCAGGAUCAAUCCUACGAGUGGCAGGUCAACCUUUCGGUUUCCCUGAUCAAAUUCAACCGCAAGCCACUGCCUUCCCUCAGUCCUUCCAGUCAGUUCAGCCCAACGCCUUUGGUAUGCAACCACCACCUUCUCAACAUCAACAUCGACCUUUCUCCACCUUCUUGCAACCACAAGCUACUGGAUUUGCGAUGCCACAAGGCGCAGGUUUCUUGCAGCCUCAAGCUACUGGAGCAAACCCGUUUAGACAAAGCACGCCAGUUUUCAACUUUGCGGCAACCAAUGCCUUCUCGCCUCCAUCGCAGCCUAUUGGGCAAACAAACACCCGUUCCAUACACCGUUUGGACAGAUCAAUGGGAUACGUACAUCAUUUGACGUCCCUACUCCGGCCUGCGUCGACCCCCCUCACAACUUUUGGGGCAACACAGGCAUCUUCAACCUCGCCGCCAACUGGUUCACGUAAUCCGUUCGGUGUGCCAAUCACACCAGCUCCGCCAGUGCCAAAGCCACCAACACUGAUGGAGCUGGCGAUGGGUAUCGGAAGCUCGAACAAUGUUCCCUCCGCUGAUUAUGCACCGCCUCAGACUCAACAGCCACAAAAGACGGGCUUUUUUGGAACGUCAGGCGGCGAGUCGUCGAUAUCGAGUGUUGCCUCGUCCUUUGCGUUCGGCCGGAAAUCAGAGGACAGUAAUUUUAGCCCUAGCGAGUUUGGACUACUCAACCCUGAAAGCUCAUCCUCCACCACGACUGCAUCAACUGCAUCGUCUUCCCUGUCUUCUUCUUUUUCGCCGCUGUCCACGCAACCUACUGGUGCCACCAUCACCUCUUCCACUCCUUCCAUCUCGGCUCCAGGUGGCCAGCUGAAGCCCCAAAUGACCGGAUUCAGUGGCAUCAAGCCAUUUAAACCGACGUCAUCUUUUGGGGCAUCGUUAUUGGAAUCACUGCCUCCAAUACCCCAGUCCGGUCCCACUACUCCCAGUGUCACUGCCCCGAACGGGACAACUUCUCCUUUUGGCGUUUCAAGCAUCGGACAGCAGCCCACUGGUUUUGGAGCCUUUAAUGCACAGCCAGAUACAAGGCCCACGCUCGGGUCGGUCUUAGACCCCAGGCAACCGGGCAGCCGUGCCGGGGGCGGUUCUAUGCUAUCCACUAUGAGCUCGCUGCCACAGUUUGGCGCAAUCAACGGAUCCUCAUCCUUUGGAUCCAGUUAUGGAAGGGGUGCUUUUAUAUCCUGUAUAGAGUUUGACGAGUUUGAGGACUCCAGUAACGUUGAGUGGCAGCAUCAAAGACCCCGAGCCACCGUUUACCGGUGA